CUUGGCUGGGCCUGCGCGUGAGCUAGCACGCGCCAAGCGAGAAGAGGGAGAGGGAGAGAGAGAGGGAGGGAGCGAACAUCGGCGGCAGCAAGCCAUCAGCCCCGUAAUCGAGAAAGAAAAGAAAAGAGAAGUUACGCAAGAAAGAAUUGCUGUAAUUUUCUCACCUGCUGGGCUACAUUGGGUAAAUUAAGUCCACCAGAGGCUCAGGUGACAGAGGAGACCGUUUGCGAACUCCGUAGGAGCAAAACAACAAAAGCAAAAAUACGGGAUUUAACACAGGCAGUGACAAUAAAACAACACUCCCUGACAAGUGGGCUGCUGAAGGAGCAGGCAGGACAAGGAAAAAAGGAAAUAAAUACGACAUCUGCUUCUCCUUUAAGGUAUUUAAACGUUAUUUUCAAAACAUCAAUUCUCACUGAACUUUAAAUUCAUGAAACAAUGAAGACUUAGCCAGAACUCAUCAAGUGUCUCUGCAGUAGCUAACGUUAGUUAGCUAGUAAGUGAGCGGUGUUCGCUAGCUACAGUAGCGUUUUGCUAGUGAUUAACGUUAGCUAAGCUAGCUGACUAAACGUGUUGUUUUCCAAUAAACUUUGGUGGUGUUUUUAAUAACCCGAACAGUGAAGGAGUGCUUCAAGACUAGAGGGGGAGGGCAGGUUCCCUUCUUGACAUAUUCCCCUCUACACAUUUUCCUUAAAAUGAUAGCUGCGGAGGUCAGUAGUGAGGACACGGGCUCUGUCUCGACAGGGGUGGCGGGCGGCGGAGGCCCCGAGACGGCCCAUUUUCCGUUUUAUCCCAAUCAGACCAGAGUGCGGGUCACUGAUUUUGGCCAGCGAUCAGCACCAAACUCCCGCUACCAGUCGAACACCUCCCCGGACGCCCUCCCUGAUAUGAGUAUGAUUUACCCCGUAUCUGGAGGAGAUAUUACCGGACCAGUCUUGUCCGCUACAGGGAAUGGUGGUGGUGGACACGCAAUUUGUCAAGGAACAAGCUCAGGGACCAUUGGCGGUGUGUGCUACUCCCCCACCUCAGAGGGGCCCGGCAGCCGGAUAUCACCCACCUCGGCGGGUCCAGACGGGCCCAGUGUCUUCCCCCCACUACCACCACCACCUCUGCUGCCCACAGGCUACGGAGGACUCAGCACUGUGGAUGAAAGCGAGAUGCAGGAUGGACCAGAAUACGAGGAAGAGGAGGUGGUCUUCCCGCUCUCAGCGCCGCCCACUAACCAGUGGUACCAUGGGAAGCUGGACCGGACCAUUGCUGAGGAGCGGUUGCGGCAGGCCAAGACUCCUGGCAGCUACCUCAUCAGGGAGAGUGACCGCCGGCCCGGCUCCUUUGUCCUGUCCUUCCUCAGCUUGACCAGCGUGGUCAACCAUUUCAGGAUAAUCGCCAUGUGUGGAGACUAUUACAUUGGCGGGCGCCGGUUCUCGUCCCUGUCAGACCUGAUUGGUUAUUACAGCUAUGUGUCUUGCCUGCUGAAAGGUGAAAAGCUGCUAUCACCCGUGGCUCCUCCAGAGCCUGUAGAGGACAGGAGGCGAGUGAGAGCCAUUCUUCCAUACACCAAAGUGCCAGAGACCGAUGAGAUCAGCUUCCUGAAAGGGGACAUGUUUAUCGUUCACAAUGAACUGGAUGACGGCUGGAUGUGGGUGACCAACGUGAGGACAGAGGAGCAGGGCCUCAUUGUAGAGGAUCUAGUGGAGGAGGUGGGACGGGAGGAGGACCCACAUGAGGGCAAAGUCUGGUAUCACGGCAAGAUCAGCAAACAGGAGGCCUAUAACCUUCUGAUGACAGUUGGUCAAGUGUGCAGCUUCCUGGUCCGGCCGUCAGACAACACACCCGGGGAUUACUCACUGUUUUUUCGCACUAAUGAGAACAUCCAAAGGUUUAAGAUAUGCCCCACCCCCAACAAUCAGUACAUGAUGGGGGGGAGGUACUAUAACAGUGUUGAUGACAUUGUGGACCAUUAUAAGAAGGAGCAGAUUGUAGAGGGCUACAACCUGAAAGAUGCUGUUUCAGUGCAGCACCAGGAACAAGUGCUCUCAGAUUUGGUGGACGGCAAGGAGAUCUAUAACACUAUCAGACGGAAAACGAAAGAUGCGUUCUACAAAAACAUUGUCAAGAAAGGCUACCUCCUAUUCAACAAAGGCAAAGGUAAGCGGUGGAAGAACCUCUACUUCAUCCUGGAGGGGAACGACGCCCAGCUCAUCUACUUUGAGAGUGAGAAGAGAGCCACCAAACCCAAAGGUCUGAUUGACCUGAGUGUGUGUUCCGUGUACGGUGUGCACGACAGUCUGUUUGGCAGACCAAACUGUUUCCAAGUUGUGGUCCAGCACUUUAGCGAGGAACAGUACAUAUUCUACUUCGCUGGCGAGACUCCUGAACAGGCACAGGACUGGAUGAAAUGUCUGCACACGUUCUGCAGUAACCUUAGGAAACCCACCCAGCCCACUCCCAACAAGAGGCUCCGACAGGUGAGCAGCCUGGUCCUUUAUGUGGAGGAGGCCCACAAGCUGCCUGUGAAGCACUUCACCAACCCCUACUGCAACAUCUACCUGAACAAUGUGCAGGUGGCCAAGACCCACCCCCGAGAGGGCCAGAACCCCGUCUUCACAGAAGAGUUCAUCUUUGAUGACUUGUCAAGUGAAAUCAACAGGUUUGAAAUCAGCCUGAGCAAUAAGACAAAGAAGAGCAAAGAAAGUGACAUCUUGUUCAUGCGUUGCCAGCUGAGCCGCCUACAGAAGGGCCAGAUGAUAGACGAGUGGUUCCCUCUGAGCUCCCACGUGCCUCUGAAGGGCAUCGAGCCAGGCUCUCUGAGAGUCCGAGCCCGCUACUCCAUGGAGAAAAUCAUGCCUGAGGAGGAGUAUAGCGAGUUCAAAGAGCUGAUCCUGCUGAAGGAGUUCCAUGUGAUCUAUGCUCUGGCCCAUGUGUGUGGGCAGGACCGUACCCUGCUGGCCAGCAUCCUGCUGCGCAUCUUCAGACACGAGAAGACAGAGGCCCCCUUACUCAGGACACUCAACGACCGAGAGAUCAACAUGGAGGACGAGGCGACAACCCUGUUCCGAGCGACCACUCUGGCCAGCACGCUGAUGGAGCAGUACAUGAAGGCCACGGCCACACCCUUUGUCCACCACGCCCUCAAAGAUACAAUCCUCAAGAUCAUGGAGAGCAAGCAGUCCUGCGAGCUGAACCCCUCCAAACUGGAGAAGAACGAGGAUGUACAUCUGAACCUGGCCCACCUCCUCCUAAUCCUGUCUGAGCUGGUGGAGAAGAUCUUCAUGGCUGCUGAGAUCCUGCCCCCUGUAAAUAGGCUUUCAUCUGUCAUCGACGAUGAAGUCCCUAUCGAUGAUGGCUGUCAAUCAUUGUCGACACCCGAUGACAUCGUUCAUCGGCCCAACCCUAAUAAAACUCUACGAUAUAUCUAUGGGUGUCUACAGAAGUCAGUGCAGCAGAAAUGGCCCAACACCACUAUGAGAACCCGGGUGGUCAGUGGCUUUGUGUUCCUGAGACUGAUCUGUCCUGCCAUCCUCAACCCAAGAAUGUUCAACAUCAUCACUGACCCUCCCUCUGCAACAGCGGGACGUACCCUCACUCUGGUUGCCAAGUCUGUCCAGAACCUGGCUAACCUGGUGGAGUUUGGUGCUAAGGAGCCCUACAUGGAGGGAGUGAACCCCUUCAUCAAAAACAACAAACAUAGGAUGAUCAUGUUUUUGGAUGAGUUGGGUGUAGGUUACCUGUUUUCAUUUCCUCUAGACAUCAUUGGAACUCUUAGAAUGUCCCUGACCUCCCUGAAGCUACAGAGCACUUUAGGACAGACCUGUCCCGUGACCUUGCUGCCCUGCAUGAGAUCUGUGUCUCGCACUCAGACGACCUCCGCACCUUGAGCAACGAGAGGGGAGCACAGCAGCAUGUGCUGAAAAAGCUGCUGGCCAUCACUGAGCUCCUUCAGCAGAAACAAGAUCACUAUGCCAUGUCCAACAGCAACAGGUAGUACAGCACUCCUCCUCUCUCUCUUGCUCUCUCCCUUUGUCUCCCUGCACAGAGACACACAGGGGACCUGACCCAGCAUGCUCCAAUCAUUACCAUGGCACCCCUCCAUCUCCCAUCUCCUACAACAGUCCCACCCACCACAUUGCCCAUGCCAGGAGAGCUAUGCAAUGAAAGCAGCAGAAAACCGAACCAAUGCAGUACCUAAACAAAACAAAAAAAACUCAACUUGCACUAGACUGCUGUAUGCGCAGGAAAUGUGUUUUUUUUCUUCUGAAAACAGUGUUCAUGAUUCUGUGACUUGGGUACAUGUAUGCGUAUCAUUCCCCUUCAUCAAGAGGGUCAAAGAUUUGAUUUCAAAGUAAAGCUUCACAUGCCCAAGACAUGUUUUUCCACACAGCACAGGUUGCCAAAGUGUAUCUAUCUCCCUGCUCAAUAUGAGGAAAGUCAACUGACAUGAAGAAGCUACAGUCAACCCUGUAAUGCUUUUUACUGUAAUGGUUGUGACAAUGUCCACAAAGUGCUGAAACUAGCGUUUCUAUUUUGUCUCCAGUAUUUUGGGGUUCUUUCUCUGUAUUUUUGUCUGGAGAUUCUUGCAGAAAGUAUGUUUUAUUUUAUCUAUUAAAAAAAAAAUCUUGCUGGAAUCAUGAGUAUAUAGUUGAAACUUUCUUUUUUUUUCCUUCCAAUUGUAUCACAUUUUGAUUGUUUGGUUCACUCUUCCUUAACUUCUCAAUGCCAGACAAGAUGCAGAAUAAAUACAAAUAAAGUUAAUGUUUACAGCAGUAAAUCUUUGUAUAGUACAGAUUGUAUCAGACAUGCAUGCACUUAUUAAAGUUGUUUUGUAAAGUA